GUGACACUCACGGAGUCAAUUCGCACAGUUGACACACACGCUGCACGGAAUGAGUGGAUAAUACUGAUCCGAUCCCGUGAAGCAAAAGACAAAAUUCCUCUAAACCUCUCCAGCAAUGGAGAUUUCAGACACUCCUUCAGCUUCAUCAAUCGAAGGAUGAAACCCUGAAACCCUAGUUCUGGUAAUAAUUUUGUUAAAACGAUCGAAACAAAAAUGUUGUCUAAAUUCACACAACAACGAUGAGAUGACACACAAAUCCUCCCUGAAUUCACGCUAUGCCCUUGAGUCCUGCACUUUCCAGUUCCACAGUUGGAGACCCUUUCAGUCCCAAAACCUUUCCAAAACCCUUGAACCCGAUCUCAAACCCUCCUCCAUUACCCCCAAUGGCGUCGUUCAUAGCAAGAGGCCUUGCCUGUCUGACCGCGCAACCGGUUUCUCGAUCGACAACCUAGAUAUGUCCAAGCUGCGGUUAUUGGAAGAUGAGAGGAUGCCCAGGGCUCCUCACAAGAGAGACAGCUUCGGCUGGAUUGCCCGGAAGCGGAGGCGGCGUGGCUCUCGAUCUGUUUCCGGCCGGAGUAGUGAUAAGAGUGGGACCCGUCGAUGCUGCUCGGUUGGGGCUUCUGCAGCUUACGCUACUUGCUCCGAUUUCCCUAUUGCUGCUGGCACGGAUUCAAGUGGGGAGUUGUUCGUGAAUAAUGGGGAUGCUAGUUGGGCGUCGGAUGUUAGUGAGGCUAAUAAGCAUUCCAGAAGGGAUGGGACUGGGAAGGAUAUUGGGAUUGGAGAGAAGGACAAUUUGGGUUCUGUGUCUUUGCAAGCUGGGAUUUUUGAAUCUCAAGGAAACGAAUCCGGUUAUGGGAGUGAACCAGGUUACAGAGGGGAUGCAGAGUUCGGCUACGGUGAUGAGCUCGACGAGGAAGAGGACGACGGCCGGAUUUUGUUUUGGGGAAAUCGAUUCGGUGGUACUUAACUUUCUACCGUUUCCAUUCCUUCAAUUUGAUACUGAUCGUAAUAUGGAGAUGGUUGGGGAGAACACAUUUUCAGAGCAAAAAGCUUAUCACAGGUGUAGGCGUAAGAAGCAUGAUUGGAGGGUGACUGAUCUGCUAAGGUGAUCGACAGUGUUUCCUAAGUUGUAACUUUAUAUCCAGUAUUUGCUGUUCAUUCAGCUGAAAUUAUUGGAUUCUGGUCAGUGAUGCUUCAUUGGACUUAUGUUUAGGUCUGUACAAUGUCAUCUUUCAUUGACGUGGCAUUUGGUGGUUCCUUCUUUUUUUUUUCUUCUUCUCCCAUGAUCUUUGUAUAGGACUUAAACCAUAUGUGCUAUUGUCUAUUUUGGACUAGGAAAGAAAUAGAGUAAAAGGGCUAUCCCUAGUGGGGCCUUUUCCCUUUUGUGCA